CGAGGACAUCACUACAGCUACAUCGAAGGGUCAUGCUUUCGUGUCCGUGUUAGGUUUUGGUCAUGGCUAAACAGUACGACGUUUUGUUCCGGUUGCUGAUGCUCGGAGACUCUGGGGUUGGGAAGACUUGCAUGUUGCGCAGGUUCACGGAAAGUGAAUUUGACCCUUCGCACAUUUCCACAAUCGGAGUUGAUUUUAAAAUGAAAACACUAGAAAUAGAUGGAGUCAAGGUGCGAGUACAGAUAUGGGACACGGCCGGUCAGGAACGUUAUCAGACCAUUACCAAACAGUACUACAGACGGGCACAGGGUAUCAUCUUCGUAUAUGACAUCACAAGCAAGCCGUCCUUUCAGCACCUGGCAAAGUGGGCCAGCGAUGUGGAUGAAUGUGCCCCAGACACGGUGCAGAAGAUUUUAGUAGGAAACAAGUCUGAUGAGAAGCACAGGAGGCAGGUGACAAAGGACCAAGGAAGCAAGCUAGCAGAAACCUAUGGCAUGGAGUUCUUUGAGACCAGUGCCUCCACCAGCAGUAACAUCAAUGAGUCCUUCACCCGUGCGGCAGAACUGGUGCUGCAGGCUCACAAAAGAGACGUGGACAACUUGUUGGGAUCUCUGGAUGAUUACCUGGAGAUGGCCGCUUUGGAAGAAGAGAAGGACGGUCAAGAUAAAGACGACAACACUCAGAGGAACUGCGCCUGUUAGAAAGACGGGCCGUCAUGGCUCAUACUGUAGUUGAGGACAUUUGUUCCCCACUUUGACUUGACUCAGCCCUCCUCCGCCUUCUUCAGAGACACUAUGACCUGUUGGUGAGGAGGGUGCUCGAUUGGUUUCACUUUUUCCAAGCCAGUGAAGUGACUUCGUGGUAAACGCAGUUAGCAUCAGCAACCAGCAGAGGGCCAAUCUUGUCGCAUGAUCACUCUCAGUCAGUGAAUUAGUUUAUCUACAGGGCAUGAAGGCAGCUCCGCAUCCAUUUGCAAAACCAUCAGUUCACACACGACCUUCAUUUUCCUUGGUGAAAUGCACUAUACAUCUCCUUCAUCACUUUGCUGUAUUCCAUCACCUUCGCUUGUUACUUUUAAAAAUUUUAUUCACAAGCUGCACAUCUACAAAUUGGUUGGUAACAUGUGGAUCCAUGUCAAAGAAAUAUGUUUAUAAAAGUUGCAACGAGUGUAUAUGCUGCAGCAAGGUAGCCAGAGGACAGAGUUUAAUUAUUUACACCUGGAAACUCAAACCGAUCAGGCAGAGAUUCAUUAACACAGCUGACUUAUUUGCUUAAAGGAGACAGUGUUGUGCCAUGUUCAUUUACCAUCCUAAAUGUAUAUGUACAGUUUGUUUUAUGAAUGUGACCGGUGUUGCAUUUAAGGAGUGUCACUGCUGCUUAAAAUAAUGUUUUCAGGGUCUGCUGAGGUGCCAUAGAUGUGUAAUUUCAGUACAAUGUUUGAAACUCAAGCAUGUGGCAAAAAAUCAAGCUGUAUGUCUAUGUAAGUUAAUAAAUUGAAAUUGUCAUAUUUGAAAACAAA